CAAUACACAACAUUGCAAAUCGCUUGCCUGGCAAAUCGCUGAAAUAUGAAAAACUCAUUAAACAGCCGCAAAUGCAGUCGGGCACGACGAGCGUGACCGCCACCCAAACGGAUGCGGAUGCCCAUGGUCUUGGGACUGCGGACCCAUUCGUCGAUUGCGGCCAUCUCAAUAAGCAUUUUGCCAAUGGCCAUGCCACGCCCCCUGACCUGCACACAGCCAACAUCACAACAGAUCGCAGCAUGCUGCUGCCGCCGGAGCAUACAGCCAACGGGUUUCUGGCCAGCGGCAUUGUCACGUACAAGGCGAAAAUGAAUGGCGGCAGCUACGACUUCAACUCUACCUCAUCAACGACUAUUGGCAGUGUGAGCGGUGCUGGUGGCGGCGGUAGUGGUGCUGGUGGUGCCGGCUCAUCCAUUGCCAGUUCGCUUUGCCAUUGUUGUAAUUUAAUUGCACGCCGCUGCAUUGGCAUCAAUGUGCGACGCUGUGUCCUGGCGCUGUUUGCCAUCACCGUGGUCAGCAUUUUCUACUACACGCAUUACGUGGGCACCGACGUGUUCGAUGGGUGA